UGCGUCCCGCGUGUGGGCGCCUUGUGGGCGCGCGCUCGCCGCGGGUGACUCCGCCCCCUCUGCAGGUCGGAGCGGGCCCGCCGCCUGCACUCAGUUGAUGCCCUGCAAUUACGGUGUGUCGGCGCGACCCGCGAAACGGAGAGUGUCGGACGCGGAGCCCGACUCCCCUGUGGCACGUGAUCUCCCGGACUCCUGGCACCCCCCCCCCCUCCCGCCACGCGCGACGCCACACCUCCUCCGCCGCAGCGAUCUCGGCUCCCAGCCCGGCAGCGGCCGCGACAGAGUGCGAAGGGCGCCGAUCGCCAGGUGGGCGGGGCGGCGAGUGCCAGGGCACGGAGCGAGUGCGAGUUGCGCGCGAGUGAGCAGUGCAAGUGGGAAUUGCUAAAGAAAGGUCAUGAUGGAGGUACCGAACCUGGUCGGGGGCGGCCCCCCCUGCAGCACCAGCGUCGGGGGCAUCAACACGGCCACCAUCUCCAGCAGCAUCUCCAGCAGCGGGGGCAUGACGAGCGGGGGGCGCACCGCCCCCUCCGUCUUCUCCAUCUCCGCUCUCGUCAACAGCAGCUCUCCUCCCGCGUCCACGCCAGCGUACCUCUCGAGCGGGCGCGCCUCCCCCGCGGCCUCUGCCAUGGGCGUGGGCGUCAAGUGCAGCGGCGCCGAGGGCCCGACGCCGCCCACGCCCUCGGCACCGCUGUCCGCGUGCUCGCCGCUCUCGCCGGGGCCGAAGGGCGCCCUUACGCCCACACCCGAGGAUGACCACAUCGAGCCCGAGGUGGACGUGACGGACGAGGGUGAGCUCGAGGGCGACAAGGGCGUGGGCGGCGAGGGCGGCAGCGAGGGCGCGGGCGGCGGCGACGGCGACGACUUCACGCCCAAGCGGAAGCAGCGGCGCUACAGGACCACCUUCACGUCGUUCCAGCUGGAGGAGCUCGAGAAGGCCUUCGCCAGGACGCACUACCCCGACGUGUUCACAAGAGAAGAAUUGGCGAUGAAGAUCGGCCUAACCGAAGCAAGGAUACAGGUGUGGUUCCAGAACCGCCGCGCCAAGUGGAGGAAGCAGGAGAAGGUGGGGCCCUCCACGCACCCCUACGGCGCCUUCCCGCCCUCGGCGCCCCUGCCCCUGCAGACGCCCGCGCUGCCGCCCACCAUCUCCAGCCCCUUCGCCGGCCUCGGCUACAUCCGCAAGCCGCCGUCCUUCGACUCGCCGGCCAUCCUGCCGCCGUCGGCGUCGCGGCUGCCGGCGUCGUACCUGCAGGCGGCGGCGGCGCAGCUGCUGCCGGGCGCCGGCUACCUGGCGGGCAUGUCGGGGCUGCGCGAGCUGCAGCAGUACCGCGCCGGCCUCGUGGCGCCGCCGCACUACCCGCCCUCAUUCACGCACCUGCUGGCCGGCCUCUCCUCCAGGCCCAAGCUGCCCGAGGCCGGCGACUACGCCGCCCUGCUGGCCUCCGUGCCCUCCCUGCAGCCGCCGCCCGUGGCUCCCGCGCCGCCCGUCACGCCCCCCGAGCCGCCGCACAGGAUGGGCGGCAGCGGCAGCUCUUCGGGCGCGCCGAGGUCCAGGGCCUCGCCGCCGCCGCCCGCCGCGCCGCCGUCGGGCGCGGUGGAGCAGGACCGCCGGGCGUCGUCCAUUGCCGAGCUGCGCCUACGCGCGCGCGAGCACGAACUGCGCCUGGAGAUGCUCAGGAAGCACGGCGACGUCGUCACGUGAUGGGCGCGGCAGACGGGAAUGAAAGCGAGGACAAGAAACGACCCGAUUUCCACUUGGUGUUCAAAGCCGAAGCCGCGAAGCCCCUUUGAACACCACAGUGCAUCACCUCAGCCGGCUCUGUCGCCGCCGCUGACGAAGGAGACAAACCCAUAAACAAUAGUGAUUAAUGAACCCAAUAAAAAGAUCCCCCCCCCCCAUCCCCGGCCACCGUGGAGGCCGAGGACAUUCGCCAGCAACUCCCUUCAGUGACUGCAUUGGUAGCUCGACUUUCCUCACACUUUAAUCGUUGAUCAGCGCUAUAGAAACCACACGUUAUUAUUAUGCUUAAGAGUGAGUCCGCAUCGCAAUAUCUAAACGACCUUUUUCUGUUUCCAUUUCUGUAACGACAAUUCCUGAUUUCCGUCAACCCUCUGUCAUUUUAGUUAUAUCUAAUUAAGAACGUAAGCCAUGCUAACAUUACUAACUUAGUGUAUGUACGCAGUAAGUACCUCAAAACUUAGAGAAUAAGACUUGUUACUAAAUCUGUAACGAUGGAAGUGAUUCGGAGUGUAACCGCCCCAUCGCGACGCAGAGUUGGGUCGGGUGGCGGCAUCUGGCAAGUAGUUUGU